AUGACCCUGCACCGCUUCGGAAACACAUCCAGCAGCUCAACUUGGUAUGAGCUAGCAUACAUUGAGGCCAAGGGCCGUAUGCAUCGCGGUGAUCGUGUAUGGAUGAUCGGCUUUGGCUCAGGAUUCAAAUGCAAUAGUGUGGUGUGGAAGUGCAUCGCUCCAGCCCCCAACACCAAUGGGCCAUGGGCAGGGUGCAUCCACCGCUAUCCAUUGUGA